UAGCUGGGCUGCACAUCGCUUUCUCGAUACACCAAAACAAUUUCCAAUUGCUUUUCACUAAUACAAUGUUUACACUGUUUUAGGCAUAUGAAUUUGUGUAUCUGUCUAUGACAGUGUGAUUGUUUAAACGUAUUUUUCUCUUUCUGUCAGCUUCAGUUGGUGGGAUUUUUCAUAGUGGAGAGAGAAAACCAUUUGGAAAAAGGGGUAACUUUUCCCAUUCCAGCCAACAAGAAGAAAAAAAAUGGAACCGGCACCCCAUUUCUUCUUAUCUUUCAUCUGGGAUUUUGGGUAUUGAAAUUUAUUUGUGUUGAAAAUUGAGAUUUGAAACCAUUAAUUCAAGAUUUGCAAUCUCUAAUGAUCUCUGCUAUUUGCACUGCUCAGAAAAUUGAUCCUGAUGGCCAGAGGUUUGCGACUUGGUUAGAAAAUUAUGUCUACUUGCCCGAAUUGAUGCUUAAUCUUGUUGCCUAGUAAAAGGGAAUUGCUUCUUCAUUAAGGUGGAAUCGAGAAAAGUUUUACUCAGUUGCCCGUUGCAUAAUCUGUUGUGCAGGAAUUACACUUAUGAUUUCUACAUUUCCAAGAAAUAGAAGAUAACAAAUGACUUCUGUUUUAAAUCAGGCGUAUCUGAAGGAAUGUGAGGUGAUUCUACACAAUUGAUAGUCUUUAGAAAAGUCUAGUGCACCACUAUAUGUUCAUGUUCUGCAGCAUCAUAUGAAAAUAGCUGGCUUCGGCAGUCAGUUGUGUUCUUGUGAAAAUAGAUAAUCUUGGGAACUAUACUUGCUUGUGACGUAUUUAUCAAAAGUUAGACACAAGUUUGAUUUUGAGAAGCUGAGACACAUGGCUGGCCAAAAGAUCAGCAGUUGUGAAGCUAAUUUAUUGCCCAGGAAUGAGAAGUGCCCAAACCAUGAUGCUGUUUCUGUCAUUGGCACAAAUGGAGAUAGUGCUGGCAGCAUGAUACCUCGAUCUUCUGUUAUCUCAACAUCAAUAACUUCUGCUGAACAAACUUUUGAGUCAGCAUCUACUGGCUAUGAACAAGUAUCAUCAAAAUGUUGUGAAAUUUCUACACAAUCAUCAGACAAAGUCACUUUAGCACGGCCUAUAUCAGUGAAGAGUGAUAUCAGCAUGGAGAAUGGAUUACCUCUCAGCAAUGAAAAUUACAUAAUGGAUGUUGGGAAAAAACAGGUGAGUCAUCUGAAUGCUGUUGAAGAUGGCUUCAAUUUGAUCAUGCAUGUUAAACAGAACAAGACUGAAUCUUCGUGUUCUGACUCAUCGUCUGGCAUCCUUCCGGUUAAUCACAGCCAACAGGAAACUUUGAAAAGAGCCAGCUCAUUCAAUAACCACAGUGGUUCUGUGAGCAGCUCCAACUCUACAGGGUUUCACCAUAGAAUGGAAGAGCCUGUGACAGCCAGUUCAGAAUCAGGUAUGUCUGCUCAAAUUGAUCAUAAGGCUUUUCUCAAGGGAAGAGCCAGGAAUAGCACGAAGGCACCUUUGAUGAUUAAGGAUAGUAUGUCAUUUCAUAGUAUGAAGGCAAAUAUUCCAUUAUACGGUCCACAGAAUCAGGAGAAUAGAAAUAUUUCAAGGCCAGAUGAAGAUAAUCCUGAGUGGGGUUCUGCAGUGAGGACACCUAGGGAUGGUGCAAGAGAUGUUGACGAAGAGACUCUUAUUUACAGAUGGGUCUCAGGAUGCGCCUCUUCUGAUGAAGAAAAACGUGAUGUUACUGUUGGUAAAAGUUUAACCUGCUCUGGCAAUUCAAAAAAUUUCAACUGCUCAACUGAAAUGGAAGAACACAUAAGAUCAUCAGACGCAAAUGAUAACCAUAUUACUUUCGGUUUGAGUACUAAAAUAUCAGGCGAAAGUGAAAAUAUGAUGUCUAUGAAAGGUGAAUCAGUCAAGAUGGAUCCUAAAGUGACUGAUAAUAUUAAUGAUGGCUUUCUGUCGCACAAAUCAACUGCGUUUUUAAUGACAAAACCUACGAAAGUUUUUGCCAGGGAUCAGAGUAAAUCUGUUAUUGUAUUUGAUCUCAAUGAAGAUAUCAACACAAAUGAGUUAGAUGAUGGUGAGCAGUCUGUUGUUGAAACUGUAUCUUCUCAUAAUGUUAUACAUGUUGUAGCAAAAGCUGGGGUUCCUAGAGGUAGACCUUUGAUCCCAUUGAAGUUUGAAGGUGGGUUAGGUUGGAAGGGUUCUGCUGCAACUAGUGCUUUCCGUCCUGCUUUUCUUUUAAACAGUUUCGAUAAGAACCCAUUUUCUAGGAAUCUUACAGGGAUUGACCUCAAUGUUGCUGCUGUAGAAGAUAUUCCUGAGAUUGGAUUUCAAGCAGAGGAUGUGUGGAUAUCUUCAGCAUCCCCUUUUCAAGACUCUUGCUCAAAAGUUGGUUCCAGACGAGCCAAGAAGCUCAAUAUUGAUCUCAAUUGCCUUUGUGAUGAUGUGGUCGAGUCCCCUCAAUUCUCUCUUCCAGCUGAAUCAAAAAAUCGCUGUUUGGCAGAUUUGGACUUGAAUGCUAAUACAUCGGCUGGAUAUGCAUGCAAUAAUGUUGACUGGCAAGGGCAAGCUAGCCAACCCUUGGAAAACAAGGCAUUGUUUUCUGUGAAUUCCAGAGAACACGAUGUUAAUUUUACACCCACUUACUUGCCUGAUUUGAGUUCUGUGAAUGUUUUCAAUUAUUCUCAUUCCCAUUCACAAAUGAUGGCUGCACCAAAUGUCCUAAAACAAUUUGAGGAGAUGCACAGAGUUUCUCCACUGCAACCAAAGUUACCAUACCCAUUACAUAUGUUACCACUCCAGAAUUACCCUUCUCAUGGUCCAUUAUACAUUGCCCCUAUGAAGCCCUUUAUGUUCAAUAUGCAUUACCCUGGCACAAUACCCUCUGUGAGAGAUCCUCAAUUGUUGAAGCCUGAAACUGUUCCUGUCUCUCUUGGGAUCCCACGUCUUGUAGAGGUUGCUCAUGGACAAAGCCGUGUUGACAUUACAAGUUCUAUACACAGAAUUGAUGUCAAAAGUGAGAACAACUCAUCAACAAGCGUAAGCAAGAGGGAUAAAGCCGGGGAAUUAACAUUGACUGCCAAAAAUUCAUCAGUGGAUGAAAAUGAUCAAUCUGUCAAUCAAGAAGCGUGGUGCACAAAGCUGAUGAAAAGGAAAGAACCAGAGGGAGGAUGGGACUGUUACCAUGUCGGUCACAGGUUUACUACAAGGGUAAGAAUGGCACAAUCUUGCUGUGGAAGUACUCGAAAUGUUGCGUUAAGUUUGCAGGUUUGAGAAAGUCACUUGCCGCACUUUUGAAUAGUAGAAUAAGAUAAAUGUAGCCAGGCUCAUAUGAAAGUAAAGAAAUGAAGCUUUGUGUCUUUCUAUUUUGCACUUUUGACUAUUUCCUUUUGCAGCCAAAAUUUUUUAGUCCAUAGACUUCAUCUCUGUUUGUCGAACAUUAAAAGUUACUUUUUCUAUUCAAUCAAACAUUAAUGUCAAUUACACA